AUUUGUAUGGAGUUGUAAAAUUUUCCUUGCGCCGCACUCUCCCAUCUACUUAAAACUACGCCGCAUCGCCGCCACCUCACUCUGUCCCCACAUUUCUUCUCGUCGCAGCUACCACCGGCCACGGAGGCCAUUUCUGCGCCGUACUCCGUCGUCUCGUCACGGCGGCUACUCACACGAUCCUGUUAGUGUUACUCCCUGUCACGGCGGCUCAGUCAUCGUCCUCACGAGGUUCUCCAUACUCUGAAAACGCAAAGGCUCUCUAAAACAAGCUGAAAUCUUCCCCAGUCUCACAACGAAAAUUCCAAGAACAAUCAAACAGAGGACAUGACGAAUCACAUCAAAAAUGAAAACCAGCAAGCAACAAGUUCUGCGCCACCUAUUCUCAAACCUGAAGAUGAUCAAGGGGUCAGAGGCCCUUCUGUUGUGGGCUUGAAAGAUUCAUUGGAAACACAGUAUAAAAAAAUCAAAGAGCAUGCAGAAACUUAUCCUUAUGUAUGGGCUUCUUAUAUUGUUGUAUAUGGUGGCUUCGCUCUCUGGACUACCUAUAGAUGGAGAAAGCUUCGCAAGACUGAGACCAGAGUACGAACUCUUCAAGAGAGACUGCGCAAGCUUGUUGAAGCUGAAGAAUCUGCUAAUUCUGCCAAAGUGGUUGAAAAGGGUUCCACAUCUUCUGAAAAGCCUUAGCAUACAGGCUACAGUCAGAAUAAUCCUGACCAGGACCAGGUAGUCUAGUUUACUGCCGCUGAUAUCACUUAUAUUUACCGCAAUGGUUGCUUGGAGCUUGAUAAGAUUUUUUGUUGCUCCUCUAAGUGAUGAAUCAUUAGAAGAAGUCAUCAACUAUAUUGAGCUUUGUAGAAAUUGAUGAAAAUUGAAUCUCAUAUUUUUCCAUCCCAUGUUUUGUGACAGAUUUCAUUUUAUUCAAUUAUUUGAAGCACUGCACUUUAUACUGACUGUGUACACAUCUUCAGUUUCAAUACUGAUCAAAGAUGGUUCAAUGCCUUUUUUUGUAGAGAAGAGUUCUCAUGUGAAAAUUUAAUAUGUACUAUGGUAGCAAAUGCAAUUUAUAUUGAAUCA